CAGGUGGCUGACUCCGAAGAUCAUUGCUCGGUAUCGGCGACGCCAGUUUCUCCCGGCGAAGAGCUCACGAACGGGAACGGUUCAAAGAGGUUGUCGAACUGUCCACCAGCGUUCAGUCUAAUUGCGAUCCCAAAGGUCGAGAAUGAAGAGCAAAACAACGAUGAUGAGGGAGAGGAUGCGGGUGACCUGAACAUUGGCUCUUUUGCACAAGGCUCUACAGCGCUGGACCUCGUCAGCGGACUAUUCGCCACGUUACAGCACAAAAUGCCAGGCGUUGGUUCCGAAUGGAAUUCGACGCCAGAGCUAAAAACACGUCAGUUCGUCUCCAACCACACGCGAAUCGCUCCCUACAAACAACUGGAGGGCUUCCAGACGAGAAUGAAAGGAUGGCAAAGAGAAUACAUCAAAGAUGUCAUCAAGGAAGGGCACUAUCCAACCGAAGAUGAGCUCCGAGACAUCGAAGUGAAAUGUGAUCUCAGUCGAAAGCAGAACUUUGAGUCAUUCAUUUCUGCUAACCAAGCCUCAUUAUUCAGUCUGCGAUUCAUUGCGAAACGUGUCGGCAAUCCGAACCGUAAGUCCCGAGAUGGCCGACUGCCACCAGCCACUCCUGAGGAAAUCCAGCAGACGCUGGAGAAGUUUAACGGCUCUUCAUCGUAA